AUGAAUGUUUUCCAAACUAUAAAAUUACAAAUACCAGCCGUAUACAAAUCUGACAUCGUUCACAGCGAGUCACCACUGCCCCUGGACCUCAGAUUCCUGAAGCUCUUCUUCAGCCUCAGGCUCAUGCUCGACUGCAUGCUCUUCAGGCUCCUCGGGCUCUGGAGGCCGCUCGUCUGCGGCCGCGAGGAGAAGGAGGUGGUGCUAGUCUUUGGGCGCGAGGCGCUCGUCAGGGGCCGGGACGCGGCCGUCUCCACGCCCGGCGGCGGCGCCGGGAUGCCGAACAUGCAGCAGGGACAGACGGGCGAGCCGUUGGCCUCGCGGCACCACAUGGGCGACGGGCUGGGCACCGCCGCCGGGAACAUGGGCGCGUCAGUCACGCGCAGGCUGGCGCGCCACAUGGGCGACUUGGAGGGCGUGGACUCGAUGAAGAUGGGGCUGUCUGUGGAGGGACGAUCCCACAUGGGCGAGGAGGGCGAUUGUGGCUCUGGGAAGAGCAGGAGACGCGUCCACUUUGGUGCCAUUGUGAUGGACUUAUGUGUGAAAUGUUUGAAGUUAUAA